AUGGCUUCCAGUGUGGGGUCUCUUUCUGCGCCUGCCAAGCCCGCUAGUCACGAGAAAAUUCUCGAGGAGUGGAAGCAGAGAAAUGCAACUCAAGAUGGCAAGAAGGACAUUAGCGUCGUUGUUGUUGGACACGUUGACGCAGGCAAGUCGACCCUGAUGGGUAGAAUCUUGCAUGACACGGGCAUGCUGAGUGACAGGGAGCACAACACAAAUGCGAGAGCGAGCGCUAGGCUGGGUAAGGGGAGCUUUGCUUAUGCUUGGGCCUUGGAUGCCAGUGAGGAAGAGAGAGAAAGAGGUAUCACGAUGUCGACCGCCCACGCCCACUUCAACACUACUCACCGGGCAUAUACGGUCCUGGACGCUCCUGGACACCGAGACUUUGUACCUUCGAUGAUCUCAGGCGCUGCUCAAGCUGACGUGGCUAUCCUUGUGAUUGACGCCAAGGACGGCGCUUUUGAAGCUGGUUUCGGCCCUCGAGGGCAGACACGUGAGCACGUGCUUUUACUCAGGGCAUUGGGUGUCCGCGACGUCGUCGUUGUGAUCAACAAAAUGGAUGCCUUCGACUUCAGCCCUCAGCGCUACUACCAAAUCGUCGACGAGCUCAAGCCCUUCUUCGAGACCGCAGGAUUCGAUCUGAAACGGAUACAGUUUGUUCCUUGUGCUGCUCAUGCUGGGCUCAACGUCUCUGCUCAGUCGGAAGAUUGUCACUUCGCCGACUGGACUGAUGGCAAAAAGAUUCCCACUGUCCUGGACGUCCUGGAUACUCUGGAGCCGCCGGCGCGUGAUGUAGAUGCACCGUUGCGGAUGCCGCUCACGAACGUGUUCAGAGGACAGACGGCCAUUGCUUCAGGUAUCGCUGCAGCUGGUCGAGUGGUGUCUGGCUUGAUCGCGACUGGUGAUCGCCUGAGAGUGGUUCCAGGUGAUGAAGUGGCUACAGUCAGAGCCCUGGAGCAGGAUAGCGAGAGCGUGCCAUGGGCGGUCGCAGGGGCCAGCGUGACAGCUUACCUUUCUGGAAUCGACGAGAUUCACCUUGCCGUCGGAUCGGUCCUCUGCCCGCCUUCACAGCCGAUCGCCCUCUCGACGAACCUGCUCGUGCAACUCCUCGUCUUCGACCCCACCUACCCCAUCCUAGCAGGCUCGGUCCUCUCCCUACACCACCACUCCCUCGAUCUGCCCUGCACAAUCGUCGAUCUAGUCUCAACGAUUGAGAAGCCCUCCAGCACCGCCACGGGAGCUUCAGGCUCUACAGCUGCUGCUGGCUCUGCAGGCAAGAAGAAGAGGAAACCGAGGGUUCUGGGUAAAGGGGCUACGGCCCUGGUGAGGAUCUCUGUGCAGAGUCCUGGUGUGCCGGUAGAGGUAAAUCGCAAGGACUUGGCGAGGGUGUUGCUCAGACUUCAGGGAGAGACGGUUGCUGCAGGAGUGGUGGUGGAGUCUAGCUGA